AUGUUCAGAUCGUUUCUCCCCGUGUUCAUCCUGUUGCUCUUUUUGAGCAAUUGCCUAAAUGUUUCUGCCUCGGAGGAUGAGACUAUAAGGCUUCUCCUUACCGCCGGUGAUAAGGCGAUGAGUAGAGGUCGUGAGCACUACCGGGAGGCGCUUGCAAAGUACACGGAGGCGUACAUGCGUAGCCCACGCAACGAGCGUUCCCUGUACAGCCGCGCCCAGCUUCUUUUUCUGUUGGGUGAAGUUAAAGCGGCGUUGGUCGCCCUAGAAACCUUGUUAACGCUGUCGCCAAAACACCCUCAGGGGCUGGCUUUGCGCAUAUCGCUUAAUGUGCAGUCCGGGGAGUUAAAGGCCGCUCUUUUGGACUCCAUCGAACUCGAGAAGAUCUACGGUUCAUUGGGCAAAGUAGAUAAGCAAAAAGAACUACAGAAUCAGGUUGUCAAACUUAGGCAUUACCACAAUAAGUGGCAGUCAUUAUCUGAUAUAAUGCAAGCUUCGUUGAUAGACUAUAAACCAGCCGCUCACGAUAUCGGACUGCGGCGACGAUACGAGGAAUGUGUGGAGUUGUUGGAGCAUGUAAUUCGUGACUUUACAAUGGAUAGUUUAAACCUGCGGUUGCGUCGUGCGUCGUGCGCUCUUGCAGCUGGGGAUAAUCAAGCACUUAGUAAUGAGAUCAGACGUGUGUUAGCGCGCGAUUCUCAGAAUCUGGUGGCGAUUGCGCUGAAUGCAAAAGCCUUGAGGGGUCUGGGAUCUAUUGAUCAAUGUCGGUCCGAGCUGCAGCGCUGUCUAUCCAUCAAUCCGGAGUACGCCCCCUGCGCACGGCUAAAUCGCCUUGUCCGAAACCAGCAGAAGCACGUCAAGAACAUCCUUCGCUGGAUAUCGGAGAAGAAUUUUAAGCAGGUCGUGUCGGAGAUCAGCGCUGCAAAGGAAGGGGAGGAACACCCACCGAACGAGGAGCAGCUGAGCGCCUGGCUCUGCGAGGCCUACGUCGGGUUGUUGGAUACAGUGAACGGUCGCCAAGAGUGUAUGAAGGCACUAAAGCUGCUUGGCGAUAAGAGCCCGGCAGCUGUGGAUGUGCACCUGAAUCUGGCUGAACUCUUUUUGCUGGAGGAUGAUCUGGAUAAGGCAACUCAAGAGGCCAAAGCGGCGAAAGAGCUUGACCCACAGAGCGACAAGGCCGACACUCUACUUCACAGAAUCGAGAAUAUCCGUCGUAAUGGGAACCGCAAAGAUUAUUAUAAAAUUCUCGGCGUUACGAAGACGGCGUCUGCAUCUGAUAUUCGCCGCGUAUACCGCAAACUUGCGAAGGAGUAUCAUCCAGACCUACUCCGCUCGAAGGAUCUUUCGGAUGAAGAGCGCGCCGUGAUGGAUAAGCGCUUCCGCGAUAUGAACGAGGCGAAGGAGGUUCUACUGGAUGAAGAGAAACGAGCUCGCUACGACGCUGGCGAAGACGUGAUGCGACCGCAGGGCCAGGGUAGCACUGGGCAACCGUUCUACGGGCAACGCUUCCAUUUCCCGAGUAGAGGUUUCCCUGAAGGAUUCGCAAGAAAUUUCUUUCACCAGCAAGGCGGCGGCGGUAGUGGUCAAACAUUCUUUUACUUUCAGUAG